AUGGUCGGCAUGGAGAAGAUGGGCCAGAAUGGCCUGUUCCUCUGCUGCACAAUUCCGGAGCUUCCUUCCCUCCCAACCAACACCGUCAGGAGGAUGUAUCUGGAUGAGCGCUCCGUGCUGGGCAGGAAAAUGGAAUUGAUAGAGGUGGCCGGCACAGAGCAGUGGGCCGAGUGGCCUUAUUUCCGUUCUGUUGUGAAGGAUUAUAGCUGUGGCUCAUUUCGCGGGCGAAGCCGGCGCUGUCCUCGCCCAGGGAGCCGGGAUGACGAGCGUUCGGUGCCCAGUGCCUGUGCGCUGUUGCCGCCGCUACCCGGCGCUCUCCGCUCGGCUGCCCGGCGCCGCCGCUCUCUGAGUCCCCCGCAGCCGCAGCCGGUCCCCGGGAUCCCGCCCCGCGCUUCUCCACGGCCACCGGCGACUGCAGCAUGGAGCCCGCGCCUCCCACACCCGCGGCAGCAGACAGCCUCCCGGGAAGCGGCGAUCCGGUGGCGCCCGCCCGCCGCCACAACUGCUCCAGCAACAGAGAACAAACUGCACCGUAGGGAUAUGAGAGCACCCUACCCCCAGACCCGGAUGAAAACGUUGCACAAGCAUCACCACUGCAGCAGAGUGAGACCCAGUGACAAGCUAGAGGGUCAGCAGCAAGCAAACCAAGCGCUUGAGAGGUGGAAGCUGCAGAGGCUGGGUGGAAGAUGUCACAGCUGCUCUGGGCCAUGAGCAAAGAGGGGGAGCAGUAGGCAAGAAGAUCAGCAGGUUAACUGAGCCCAGUGUGUCAAUGGCCACUGACUUUGGGCUUAGAGAGAUGCCACCAUCUCGCUGGCCAUUGGAUGUGCGUGGCACACUGGGGUAACGUUAGUCUGCACUGCAGUCUGUUGGUGAAAACCCUCAUAGGGUGAAAUACCAGACAGGCGCAGAAUCACUGACGUGUGGCCGCAGUCCUCAGACUGCUUCGUGUUUGAUGGGAUUGCCACACCCCAGAGCUCACAGUAUUGCUGCCAUCUUCAGCUCCUGGGCUCGAGGCUCUGGAAUCCUCAUGCAAAGUCUCUGCUAG